CUCCGCUCCGGGAGCUGGCAUGGGCGCUGCGGAGCGGGCACGGCAGAGCUGGCAGCUGAUCCGGCUGGGGACGGGUGCCUGGCAUCGGAACCUGGCUGGGGACGGGUGCCUGGCACCAGGACCUAGCUCGGGAUGGGCGCCUGGCACCAGGAUCCAGCUGGAGAUGGGCACCUGGCACCGAGAUCAAGCUGGGGACGAGCGUCUGGCACUGGCACCCAGCUGGGGACAGGCCCCUGGCACCAGGACCCAGCUGGGGACACACAUCUGGCACUGGCACCCACCUUGGGGACAGGAUUGCCACGCUGGUGCCUGCCCUGGGGACAGCAGGGUGACCCCAGUGCCCGGCUUGGGGACAGCAGUGUCACCACAGGAUCUGCCCUGUGUCACCCCAAUGCCAGUGCCCGCCUUGGGACUGAUAUGUUGGCAUUGGUGCCCACCUUGGGGACAAGAUGGUCAUCCCAGCACCCACCUUGGGGACAGCAGUGUCACCCAGUGCCCACCCUGGAAACGGGAGUGUCACCUCAGUGCCACUGACACGCUGGCAGCGGUGCCCACCUUGGGGACAGGAUUGGCACCCUGGCACCCAGGAUUGUCACUCUGCCCCCUGCCCUGGGGACAGGAUUGGCACCCUGGCACCGCUGCCACCCAGCCGUGCCCCCGUGUCACUCCGGGCUCCCGGUGCCGCCACCUUCGGUACGGUGUCCCCGUGGAGGGACAGACGUGGGGACACCCCUGUGCCCACCUUGUGCCCGGUGCCCUCGGGACGAUUUUUUUGGGCCGAUUUCGGGUUUUUCUCCCUGACAUUUUUCUAUCUCCGCCCCCUCCCUCCGUGCCCCCUUGCCAGGGCUCUGUGCCCACCCUGCCCUGGCCUUUGUCCCUCCCCUCCUGUCCCCAACCCCUGCACGCCCCCCACCCCUUUUGUAUAAGCCCCCCCCCCAGUGUAAUUUAUUUGUUACCGAAAUUAUAUUUAUUUGCUGUAAAUACCUGAGUAUUUUUAUAUUCAUAAUAAAAGGACUUCCAAAAAAA